AUGGGUAAGGUUUAUUUGUUCUUAUCUUGGCUCAACAUUGCUCAUAUUCAGAAGCCACACAAUCUGCAGAAGAUCGUCUACUAACAGAUCUUUUUCGAGGGAUAUAACUCGCUAAUUAGACCAGUGAAAAAUGCAUCAAGCGAUCCUAUUGAAGUUAGUCUAACUGAUAUAACUCAGCUGAAUGUGAGCUGAAUCAGCUCCCAAAACUGUUAAAUUUUUCAGGUAUUUUUCAGUUUGGCAUUUGUAUUAUUGAUAAAUGUUGAUGAAAAAAAUCAGAUAAUGCAAACAAAUGUGUGGCCAACAAUGAAAUGGAAUGAUUAUCAAAUGCGGUGGGAUCCGAGAGAUUAUGAUGGGAUAAGGACGAUUAGAGUUCCACCGGAUAAAGUUUGGCUUCCAGAUAUUGUGCUUUUCAAUAAGUCGGUUGAAAUAUACACAGAAAUUGGAAAUUCAUCAAUUUUUUCAGCGCUGAUGGAAAUUACCUUGUUUCUUUCUACUCCAACGUUGUUGUCGAGCACACUGGAGAAAUGUUAUGGGUUCCUCCAGCUGUUUAUAAAAGCAGUUGUCUAAUUGAUGUGGAAUUUUUCCCUUUUGAUGGUAAGUUCCUCCAAAAAUAUGUAACGUUAUAUUUGAUCUUUCAGAGCAAACCUGCUCAUUAACUUUUGGCUCAUGGACAUUUCGGAAAGACGAGUUACAACUUUCAUAUCUUUCAGGGAAGAGACAUGUGAGUUUGAUUUGAAGAAAGUGAAUUCUGACAAAAAAUUCAGGUAGAGUUAAAUGACUAUCUUCCAAGUGGAGUUUGGGAUUUGAUGGAUGCUCCAGGUAUUUUAUCCAAUGACAGAUCGAAAAUAUCAUAUCAAAUCAAGAUUCGAAGAAAAGCUCUGUUUUAUACCGUAAUCCUAAUAAUGCCUACAGUACUUAUGGCAUUUUUAUCAAUGAUGGUGUUUUAUUUGCCAGCAGAGUCUAGUGAAAAAAUUACACUGGCUAUUAGUAUUUUAUUGGCGUUGGUAGUUUUUUUGUUGGUGGUUUCAAAGAUUCUGCCUCCCACAAGUUCUACAAUUCCACUUAUGGCUAAAUAUUUGUUGAUGACUUUCAUUAUGAAUAUGAUUACUAUAAUGGCAAGAGACAUUUUUUAAAACUUUAUAGAUACAUUUUUUGAAUUGGAAUUCUUCAGGUCAGUGUAAUCAUAAUCAACGUCUAUUUCCGUGGUCCUGCCACUCACGUAAUGCCAAACUGGGUAAAAAUAAUCUUCCUUAAAUAUCUCCCAAUGUUUUUCGCAAUGCAACGACCCGAAAGUACUCAACACGAAUUCCAGAGAGAAAGGAAAAGUCUGAAAGCCGCAUUUCGAACAAUUUUCAAGAAAUCUGAUCCAUCACGUGUAAAAAAGACUGUGAAGCGUGAACCUUCUCAAACCAAAGAAAAAUUAUCAGAUGAAGCUGAGAAAGCGAUUGAGGCAAUUGAAUAUAUCACAACUCAUCUGACUCAGGACAAUAAAUAUAAACAGGUGAGGGAAAAUCUUUGGAAAGUAAGCUGAAGUUUUGAAUUUGAUUAUCAGAAAUAUAAGUUAUUUGGAAAACAUAUUUUCAAUGAUUCAAAAGAAAAAAAUUAUGAAAUUUGAAAAAAAAAACAAAUAAAAUAUCAGAUAUGAAACAGUCAAAAAUAGUUCCUCUUUCAAAAUCAAAAUAUUAAUUCAAAUUAAUUUUUCAGCAACGUGAAGAAUGGAUGUUCGUAUCAGUGGUGAUUGAUCGUUUACUUUUAUACAUGUUUUUUGCCGGUACGUCAUUUAACCCCCUCCCUAAUAUCAAAACAUAAAAUGUUUGCUUACAGUAACCACUGGCGGAACAAUGGGUAUACUUUUAUCGGCGCCGAACGUUUUCGAACAUGUUGAUCAAAAUUCGGUGAUUGAAAGAUUGAAAAAACAAGCGGCCGAGGAAAUGAUAAAUUUUGUCUAA